AUGUCAAAAGCGGUUCGUGAUGCGAUUUAUACGAUGCUUGCUAUUGUUACAACUUACUUGAUUAGUAAUAGCCUUCAUCUAAUUCUUACUAUUUUGGAAAGAUCGAAAACGUCAUUAUUACGUGAUCCAGAUGAUCCGAUGAUGGCAAGUACAUUUCAUACUGUAUUCUCGGAUACCGUUAGUUUCGUAUAUAUGUUUACCAGUGCAAUACGUAUUAUUAUCUAUUUCAUAUGUAAUCCGAUAAUACGCCAACAUCUGCGAACAACUUUAACGCAAAUAUUGAGAAUGUAA